GCGGUGGACUAUGAGAGCCGGAGCUCGUACGCGGUGGACUAUGAGAGCCGGAGCUCGUACGUGUUCUCGGUGGAGGUGCUGAACCCCUCGGUGGACCCACGGUUCCUGCGGCGGGGGCCCUUUAAGGACCGGGCCUCGGUGCGGGUGGCGGUGCUGGAUGCGGACGAACCGCCCCGGUUCUCCCGGGCGCGGUACCGCCUGGACGUGCUGGAGAACUGCCCCCCCUCCUGCCCCGUGGGCCGGGUCAGCGCCGUGGACCCCGACUCCGGCCUGAGCAGCAACAUCAGGUUUUCCAUUGACCCGCAGUCAGACCCAGAGGCCCUGUUCCGCAUCGCUGCAGACAGCGGGCUCAUCUCCACGGCGACGGAGCUGGACCGUGAGCGCGAGCAGUGGCACAACAUCACCGUCAUCGCCACACAGAGAGACAGCCCCGGUCAGGUGACCCGGGUGGAGGUUGCCAUAGAGACGCUGGAUGUGAAUGACAACGCCCCGCAGCUGGACAGGCAGUACAGCACUGCGCUGUGUGACUCUGCUCCUGCAGGCCAGGUGGUGCAGGUUGUGCGGGCAAUCGAUAAAGACAAAGGAGGAAAUGAUACGGCCGUCCUGUUCAGUAUUCCACCGGAGUCCGGAGCAGGACACAAUUUCACCAUCAGGGAGAGCGGGGGCCCCACUGCCAGCCUGGUCCUGCGCUCCUCUCUCUCCGCACUCUCUCGCUCUCCCUCCUCCUCCCUGACGCUGCGGGUUCCGCUGGUUCUGCGGGACGCGCUGUCGGACCUGAGCAGCACGGCGACGGUCACCGUGUCCGUGUGUCCCUGCCUGGGGGGCGGGGCGCGGGCGGGGCCGGGGGCGGGGCCGGGGGCGGGGGCGGGGCCGGAGCCGGGGGACGGACAGACCGACAGCGUGUGCCUGCCCCUCCCCUCCUCCUCCCCCUCCCCCGGGCUCAGUACUGCCGCCCUGCUGGCCAUACUGGCCUGCGUCGCUACGCUGCUGGCGGUGAGCGCACUCUCUCUCUCCCUGCGUAGGCAGAAGCGAGACUCCCUGUCUCCUCUGGAGGAGGACGAUGUCAGGGAGAACAUCAUCACGUACGAUGACGAGGGCGGUGGUGAGGCGGACACGGCCGCGUUCGACAUGGCCGCCCUGCAGAGCGCCCCCCACAGCGCCCGGCGCGGGUACCGCACGCUCGACAGCCGCAACAUCCGUAUCUCCCAGCAGACUCAGGACGCCGCGGGGGCGUACGCUUGGGUUCAGGGCGGGGCAGGCAUGGACACGCCCAUGUAUGGGAGACUCUGCUACAGUAGUCACACCCUCCCGGCCCUGCGCCACGCCCAUAGCCACAGCCCCGCCCAUGGCCCCCCCCAGGGGCAUGGCCUAGCCCAGCUGACAUGUAACUUCCCCCCCGGGUCCCUGGACCAAUCGCUGGUCAUCCAGAACCAGGGGGCCGUCUAUCUGGGCCCAGCAGAGCCACUGCCGCAGGAUGCUCCCGCGGGAUUGGACAGCGGGAAUGAGAGGGGCGGAGCCUCUACUGGUGAAGCAGAAUCAAGAAACCAGCAGGACCAGGAUCUGGACUGG